AUGACUGAAAUCAUGAUCAAAGGGCUUUGUUGGGAUCACAGAAAUGACUGUUGUAUCUUUGCAGUUGCCGAUGACCAAAAUCCCUACUUGAACCAAGCAGUAGUGUUCAUUGAAGAUGCAAUUCAGUAUCGUUCCAUAAAUCACCGUGUGGAUUCUUACUUGUGGCUUUAUCGGCGGUAUUACUCAGAAGUUUGCCAAUGGAUUUUGAUUGCCACCAUUACACUAAUCCUGGCUCUUGCUUUCAUCGAAACGCCUUCUUCAUUUACUGUCACGUCGGACAUACGAUACCGCUUGAAACCCUGGGAGCCUCCUUGUGGCUUGACGGAGAGCAUUGAACUGCUUUGCUUCCUUGUCUUUAUAGCAGAUGUCUCUGUAAAGAGUUACUUAAUAGGAUGGGAAGAGUUUCGGAAAACCAAGUGGUUGAUGGCAUAUAUCGUGGUGCUAGUAGUCUCCCUUGCAGACUGGACUGUUUCGCUGAGCUCUUCCUGUGGUGAGAGUCUGAGAAUACGGCGAAUCCUCCGUCCUUUCUUCCUCCUUCAGAACUCUUCAAUGAUGAAAAAGACACUAAAAAGCAUCAAGAGGACAUUGCCAGAAAUUACAAGUGUUAUGCUGCUAUUAGCUGUUCACCUGUUUCUCUUUACCAUGUUUGGCAUGCUGCUGUUUGCUCGAACGAAGGAUGCCCAGCAGGACAAGGAAUGGCAAGGAUAUUUUCACAACUUGCCAGAUUCAUUAACUUCCCUGCUGGUACUGCUGACAACUGCAAAUAAUCCAGAUGUGAUGAUUCCUGCCUACUCUAAGAACAGAGCAUAUUCCAUCUUCUUCAUAUUCUUCACUGUAAUAGGGAACUUAUUUCUGAUGAACUUGCUGACAGCAAUAAUAUACAAUCAGUUUCGUGGCUAUCUUCUGAAAUCGGUUCAAUCCUCACUUUUCCGAAGGCGCUUAGGAAUCCGGGCUGCCUUUGAAGUUCUUUGUUCUCUGAAGGAGACUUCUCUCAAUAAGAACAUCUUGCGUGUCCAGGCAGAGACUCUAGCUCAAGUUCUUCAUAGAGUAAAAAUGGAUCCUGACUGCAAGGAAGCAAUCAUUAGGAACCUUGAGUUGUGUCCCCCAGGAGGUCUGACCUCUGCUCAGUUUCAAUUACUCUUUGAUGAACUGGACAAACACAAAGUUAAAGAGCGUCCUCCCAGGCCAGAUUAUCAGUCACCUUUUCUACAGAGAAUCCAAAUUGUCUUUGGUCACCGUUACUUUGGCUAUUUGGGGAAUGCUGUUGCUGUAGCAAACGUUUUGUCUGUGUGCGUGGUCAUGGUACUAGAUGCAGAUAAGCAACCUGCUGCGCGGGAUGACUUUUUUUUAGGGGUUAUAAACUGUGUCUUCAUUUUCUACUACCUCCUGGAAAUGUCAUUGAAAAUUCUAGCACUGGGAUUAAAAAGAUACAUAUCUUAUCCAAGCAACAUAUUUGAUGGCCUUCUGACUGUAGUUCUGAUGGUUUUGGAGGUGUCGACAUUUGCUGUCUAUGGAUUUCCUCAUCGAGGCUGGAGGCCUGAAAUGUUGGGUUUGCUCUCUCUGUGGGACAUGGUUCGCCUGGCAAACAUGCUGAUUGUGUUCCGAUUUCUGCGGAUCAUCCCUAACAUAAAGUUCAUGUCCUUAGUUGCCAGUACACUGUUGGACCUUGUGAAAAACAUAAGAUCUUUCGCAGGGAUCUUAGUGGUGGUUUUCUAUGCGUUUGCAAUAGUAGGGAUGGAGCUGUUUAGGGGUGCCAUUACUCCUACGGGAAGCAUCAGUGGUGUCAAUGCAACAAAUGCCACUUUGCAGUGCGGCACCUUUGAACAGCUGCAGUAUUGGCCAAACAACUUCGAUGACUUUGCGGCAUCCCUGGUGACUUUGUGGGAUGUGAUGGUUGUGAACAACUGGCAGGUUUUCUUGGAUGCAUAUUCCAGAUACUCAUCUCCAUGGUCAAAAUUAUACUUUGUCUCCUGGUGGCUGAUUUCCUCUGUCAUCUGGGUCAAUCUGUUCAUUGCUUUGCUUCUGGAGAAUUUUAUCCAUAAAUGGGACCGUCUCUGCCAUCGACCAUCUCUCUCAGAAGUUGAAUACCAGAUGACAAUGGAACUCAUGUUCCGGGAUGUUUUGGAAGAACCUACAGAGGAAGAGCUAAUUGAAAAACUUCACCAGCACCCACAUAUGCAUCUAUGUAGAUGACACAGGUGGAAGCAGCAGUUUCUCCUAGUCAUGCCUGCAUGCAGGUUUUGUAGCAGAAGGAAAGAUAUCGGGGAUCUUUCUGAAAGAAGUACUCUAUAUCUUUGAUUUUAUUUUUGAAUGGUGCCUGGAGUACAUGGUCUUUAAAGGUUUGUUUUAAACGGUUCAUUUAAAACAUUAUUUU